AUGCUUCUAGAAAGCCUAUUGAAUCUAACAUCUAGUAAUUCUGUAGAAUUAAUAGUAACCAUAAUUGUGUUGGAUUUUGUUUUCUCAUUGGGAGAAUCGAAAUUCUUAUUAAAAAACAAGCUUGAACAAGAAUUUAGUUUGGCUGCUGCACAAAUGACAUAUAGUGUGUUGACAUUAGCUUGUAUUUCUUUAGUUUUACCUUCCACAUUCCGUCUUCUUAUCAAUUAUAGCUUUUCCAAUAUUCCUACCAUUAUAGUUAAUGAUAAGAUUUUGCACAUAAGCUAUGGAGCAUCAAUAGUAGAACAAAUAGAUAAAGAAGAAAAGGAGUUAAAAGCAUAUAAACCUGAUAUCGUCAUUAAUUUUGCUAAUUGUAACGACGGCGAUUAUUACUUUUUCAAAAUUGUUACCUUUAUUGCAUUGGUUUUAUUACCUAUAGUUGGUCAUGGUGCUAAGUAUGCGAACGCUGUUAAUACCGUAAGUAAAAAUAAAAUGGAUUCGGUUCUUAUUAUUUCUGUUGGAAGCUCAACUAGUGAAGAAUCGAAUUGUGCAAAAAUUUUAGAAUCUGAAAUAAUCUUAGUUUUUAAAAUUGUCUACCCUUCUCAAAAUUAA